AUAGCGAGAGUGGAUUAUCCAACCCGCUUUCGGUCAUCCCCGGAAAUUGUAUGCGACGACAGGUUCCCCCCAGACGCAAAACCUUGCUUUCCUCAGUCCCUAUCUGAUUAUUUGAUUUAUGUGGGAGCUCUUCUCAAAGGUUCUUUUUUUUUUGCUAACGUUGGUUGUGCGUGCUAGAACCCCGAGAUCCCAAAGAUCAAACGGAGUUGUUGGGAAUGCGAACACAACGUAUGUUUUCCCGAUAGUGAUCCUCUUUAUAUCGGGUAACCAUGGGCAUAGUCAGGCUGACUUUUGGAUUUUUAGUGUCUGGAUUGCAUCGCCAAUACCCAGAAGCUUUGUAGAGCCUGUGGUGGCGGAUACUGUAUCAUUCAUUACGAAGGCUCUACGCUUACGCUGGUAUGUCUACUCCUUGCGGAUUUUUCUCUGAGUUGAGCUAACUCUGAAAUUCUAGUGCGAUUGUAUGGCUAUUCCGUUCUAAUAAUACGCAGCUCACGAGUUGACUAACGAUCCAUAGGGUGUUCGAGACGAAGCGGUCGCCGGUCCCGCGAGAUGU